AGUGCAGCAGUGACGACGGAUACACGCCGUCAGUGUGUGUUUGGUGUGCUCUUUUUGUUGGUAUCUCUCGCGACGCACAAAGAAUUCAAAUCGCUGAAUACACCCCAAAAACAACAAUAAAAAACAUACAGCAAUAUUAAAUUUGUAAAAUAUAUAAACAACGAAAUUGGCCAUUCUUCGGUUGAUGUGUUGCACAUGAUGUAUGCAACUCUCGACGUCAAUUGCUGUUGUGGUAAAGUGUGAAACACCACACAACAUUUUACAACGUGACAAAUAGCAAAACAAACUUUAACGAAAAUCGGCAAAAAUAUUUCAUGAAAAUGCAGUGUUGUUUUGUUUGUAUGUGACGGCGACGACGACAACUGUCGAUAAUGCAUAAGAACUUUGAAGCAAUAACAAUUCAAGAAUAACAACACACACGCGCACACACACUGCACACACACAUAACGGCAGUUUAAGCUUCACAACUUAAGAGAGGGCGCGAGAGCGAGAGCACCUCGAGUGGGAGUAGCAGCAAACGAGAACGAGAGCGAACGCGCGCAAAGAUAAAACAUAGUAACAGCAACAGCAAUAGCAGCAGAGGCAGCGACGUCGACGUCGACGGCGGCCGUUCUAAGGCUCGCAUAACUCGUAACGGCGUCGAGCGUGACACUUCGGCCACGCAUAACGCAGACAAUUCGUCGACUACUCCCAACGAACUCCACUUGCAAGGAGCUUGUUGGUGUGCGGGCAGCAAAAAGCAACGCGCGGCAGGCAUCAAGUGAAAACGAAAACGAAAACACAAAUCGAAAUUGAAACUGAAAUUGAAAUUGAAUUUCAAGUUGAAAGCUCGCUCAAGUGCAUGUGUGUGUGUGUACAGCAAAAAACUAACGGUGCUGUAAAUCAAAGCAAUUAAGUAAAGCAAACACCAAAAAAAAAAAAAAGAAACAAAUUUUCAAAGAUGGUGGACAGCAACAGCAAUGCAGCAGCCGCAGGCACAGUGGGCAAUUCGGCGGCACGCCUGCGCAAAUUCGAACGCACCGACAGCGAACUUGCCUGCGAGGAAGCAGCUCGUCUAACCGCCGAGCAAAACAGUCCCGAAGACGAUGAGGACGACGAGGAGGAGGGUGAAGGAGAAGGCGACGAUGAGGAUGAGGUUAGCGUCUAUGGGGAGCUGCCGCCACCGCCGGACGGUGGAUAUGGUUGGGUCAUCUGCUUCGCCAGCUUCAUGUGCAACAUGAUUGUCGACGGCAUCGCCUACACAUUCGGCAUCUUCCUUGAGGAGUUCGUUGCCUACUUUCACGAGGGCAAAGGCACCGUCGCCUGGGUGGGCAGUCUGCUCUCCGGUGUCUAUCUGAGUGCUGGACCCAUUGUCUCGGCUCUGGCCAACAAAUAUGGAUGUCGUGCUGUUUGUAUUGCGGGCAGCAUCAUUGCCUGCAUCGCAUUCGUGCUGAGCACGUUCAGCACGAAUGUCAGCAUGUUGAUGGCCACCUAUGGCUUCAUGGGCGGCUUUGGCUUCGGCAUGAUUUAUUUGCCCGCCGUCGUUGCCGUCGGUUAUUACUUCGAGACGAAACGUUCCCUGGCCACGGGCAUCGCUGUCUGUGGCUCGGGCUUUGGCACCUUUGCCUUUGCCCCGCUGGCUACUUAUCUGCUGGAGGAGUACGGCUGGAAGAAUGCGCUGCUCAUCUUUGCGGGGCUGAUUCUCAACUGUGCCAUCUUCGGUGCUAUGAUGCGUCCCCUCACCUAUCCCAAGAAGAAGCGCGUUAAGCCGCUGAUGCAACGCAUGUACGAGGAGAAGCAAAUGCAGCUGGAGCGCGGCUCUUUUGCGGGUUCCCACUUCAUGGUCCAGCUGCCCGAUGGCACUAUGGAACGCAAGCUCAAGAUGCCACUUAACGCUGAUCCGGGUGUGCAUUCCAGCCUCAAUCUGGAGCUGUUGGCGCAGCAAUCGGGUGGCCUGCAUCCGGUGUCCACGCUGCCCACCAUCACCGAGUCCAAGGUGGUUGAGGUGAAUGCCCAAUCUCCGCCUCAGAACAACGGCAAUGCUGAUAGCAACGGUCAAUUGUCCGCCCGAUCCGGUCGUCGCUCGCAUCGCAACUCCGAGUCGGAGCACAGUCCUUAUCAGUCACAGGAUGCCAUGAUACGCAAUGCCUCGCAGCCCGCCUUCCUGGCCGGCGAUCAUCAAAGUCUUCCCAAGAAUGGCUCCGUGCCGUCCUUCAGUCGGGUGCGCAAAACAUCCGCCUCGGAACGUUAUCAACCCUCGUUGGCGGCCAUUCGCGCCUCGUCACGUGGCGACAUCGAAGCAGGCGCUGGCGGGGAUUUCAACACGUCAAAGUUGUCGCUGUCACAGCGUCAGGGCAGCUCCAGCGGCAGUGCCGGACGCAUGGUGCGUCCCAUGUCGCGUAAGGACAUCUUCUACUCCGGAUCCGUCACGAAUUUGCCCCAAUAUCAGUCGCAAAAGUCGCUGACCAACUAUCGCAACUCGGUGCUGUCCCUGACCAAGUACGAGAAGAGCAUGCAGAGCAUGCGUCUGGAUCCGUUGGCCGAGGCGGACAAGCAUCGCGAGGAGUACGAUCUGUGUCCCUGUCUGGGCAUUCCCGACUCGGUCAAGUCCGUGUUCAACACCAUGCUGGACGUGAGUCUGCUCAAGGAUCCCGUCUUCAUGCUGAUGGGCGUCUCCAACAUCUUCGGCAUGGCCGGCUUGUAUGUUCCCUUCGUCUAUCUGGUGGAUGCGGCCAAGGAGCACGGCAUUGCCAAGAACGAUGCUGCGAUGCUGUUGUCCAUCAUCGGCAUCACAAACACCGUGGGACGUGUCGUCUGCGGUUGGGUGGCGGAUCUGCCGCAAGUCAAUUCGCUGCUGCUCAACAACAUCUGUCUGCUGAUCUCGACGGUGGCGGUGACCCUGACGCCACUCUGCUACAGCUACAGCGCCUACAUUGCCAUGUCGAUUGCGUUUGGCAUCGCCAUCUCUGGCUACAUUUCGCUCACGUCAAUUAUCCUGGUCGAUCUGCUGGGCCUGGACAAGCUCACCAAUGCCUUUGGCCUGCUCAUUUUGUUCAGAGGAUUCGCCGCCCUGAUUGGCACACCGCUGGCCGGUGCCAUCUAUGAUCUGACCCACACCUACGAUCUGCCCUUCUACAUGGCCGGAGCCCUGUUUGCCAUCUCGACGGCGACCAGCUUCAUGGCGCCGUGCAUGAAACGCUUCAGCAGCUCGAAUGAGACGCCAGUGCAUGUGGAGACACUGACGCCCAUCGAUGAGGAGCAGGGCGAGGAUGGCGAAGAGGAGGAUGAGGAUCAACCAAUCACCAUAGUGCCCAAGAUCAUCAAAACUCUGCCCAGUCCACUGCAGGAGGAGCCGCAGCAACAGUUUCCCCCCACGUCUGGGACACAGAAGGCAUCGACGACGACAACAACGGAAUCAAAGCUCUAAGCAUGAGAAGUGAAUUUACAACAACAGCAACAAAGUGGAAGUGAAGAGAAACUAUAAUUAUAAAACAAUAAACAAAAACAAGUCAAGUACGAAGAAAGAGAAGAGAGAGAGAGGGGAUCAUGAGAGACAGAGAGCGAUAUUUUUCUAGCAACUUAUACAAAGGAGAGCGAAGUCAAGACGGAUCCAGAGGGGAAAAGAAAGAGAGAAGCAGAUCAGCCGGAGAAGUGAGCAGCAGGGACAGGGACAAGUCCAGGGUCCAGGCAAAGUAUUGAAUAGAGCACACAAAGAAAACUAUAUACAAAACAAAAACACAAAAAGAGUGCAUGUAAAUCGUAUAUAUAUAAUAUAUAUAUCGAUGCCGAUGCCGAAACUAUGCCUAAGCAAAAAAAAAGAAAACUAUUCAUACAAACUAAAUAUAUAGUAUACAACAAAUUGAUAAAUUAUAGCAAACAAACUU